CCCAAUAAACAUCGAAUUGUCUGCACCUUUGGACUUCGGGUAUUGUUGCUCUCUGUUCAUGCGAGAAGGACCAGGGAAGUAAGUGGGGGAAGGAAUAAGCCCCCUAACAUGGUGGAGAAGCUCAUUAUCAUGAACGCCCCCCACCUGUCCAUACUUCAAGGUGAGGCUCUGACCUGCAGGGGUGCUGGGCUCCCCCUGUGAGGGUCUGUGGCAGGUCCAGGGCAAAGGAGGCUAGUUCUUGCAGCGCAGGCGGCUCUGGCACCUGCCAGCAGCACGGAGGUCCCGACCAGGUGACAGUGGCACUCCUUGGGGUGGGGAGGCAAGGACUCUUGGGGUCUCUGCGUUGUGGCUGGGGCUCCCUGCCUCCACAGGGUCUGCAGGCUCUCCGAGCACCAGGCCAACUCAAGCAAGCUCUGAAAUGACGUCACUGGCACUUGCUGUGAGCCUGGCAUGUGCUGUGACUUUGGCUUCUGCCUCUGGUGGGAGCCCUGGGUGUUCCCGGGGGCACCGGGGUAGGAGACCCUCCAGCCUCAGCAUGUCUGUGUCUGCUUUUCUGCCCACCUGCUGCAGAGUAUGUAGCCUGCCGGCUGCUGCAUUCCAGCUACAUAUUGAUGUUCCGGCUCCAGAGGCUGCCUGAACUGCUCUUGUCUUUGGGUGACUCCCAGAUGUUGAAGGAGAUGUUGGCCGGCAGGAAGGCAGUAAUCCAGAACCCUGAGCAGUGCCUGACAGCACAGGAGUUGAAGGCCUAUAUCUUCAGCUUCUCCAAGCCUGGAGCACUGACGCCACCCCUUGAUUACUACAGGAACGAGUUCAGCAGGAGCCCCAUGCAGUGCAGGGACAUGCUGGUGCCCACACUGGUGAUCUUGGGGGAGAAGGAUGUGUGCCUGGAGGCUGGGAUGAUCCCCUUCCUGGAGCAGUAUUUGCCAAGCGCUGCCACGUGGGGCGCAUCCCUGAUGCCAGCCACUUCGUCAGCGAGGACCAGCCUGACAAGGUCAAUCAGCUGAUCUGGAGCUUCCUGCGGGAGAGUGACUGAGCAGGGCUGAUGCCGUGCCUGGGCCCCAUUUACAGCCUUGGGUGUGGCACGGCAGGGACCUGAUCCUGGCAAAUCAGCCCCGGGACCCUCCACUGGGCCAAGCCCCACCUUGGCUCAUAUCCCCCACGCUGAUUGGUCUUGUGCCUGGGGUACCAUCCCUCAGCAGCAGGCCACCCCUCCAGAUCCUGCCUGAGCCCUCCUGCAGAGAGGAGCCCUUAGCUCCCAGACCAAUAGGUAGGGCCCUACCAAAUUAAGGGUCCAUUUUGGUCAAUUUCAUAGGAUUUUAAAAAUCGUAAAUUUCAUGAUUUCAGCUGUUUAUAUCAGGGUGUUGUAAUUAUAGGGGUCCUGACCC